GUAUAUUCUAUACUAGGAUUUAUGUAACCAUACACUUGACGUAAAUUAGCUGUUCACGUUUUCAUCUAAUCGGAAGCUUUAACGUCCCAAUAGUGACGCCACUGUAGCGAUAUAUAAGUUCCCGAUUGGAUAAAAUGGCACCAGCUCUUUUACGUCAACUGCACGACUGUAACGUAAUCGUACUGUAGCGCGUUGAUUGCCCCUGAAAUGAAGACAAAAGGAGUGGCCGGAGAGGGCAGGGUACUAGUAAUCAUGCAAUCAUUGUUAUAUUUGAUUUGCUUAGUGCAGAAUUAGUGCAAUAAUAAGGGACAAUAGGUCAAAAGUGUUAUUUCUUACGAAAAUAAAUUCCAAGAUUAAGCACACAAAAUGUUAUCGUAGAUUUGAGGUAGUGAUCCAGUUAAUGAAAAUAUUUCUUGAUAGUACAGGAAAAGCAUACAUAAGAAAAAAAAAUCACCAUGUAAAAAUGCAUAAUAACUGCCAAAGGAAAGUUAUUCCACUACUGAACAGUGUGUCCCAUUGGUACAAUAUGAAAGAUUACUAUCUGUGUUAUUACUGCAAUUUUUCAGUUGCUGCGAAAAAAAAGAAAAGCGGGAAUACUGGUUGUAGGGACGAUGAAGAAGAAAUAUUGGAUUCUUUUACAGAUCGACUUGUGCAACAAAAAGUAAUAAAAUGGGAGUCUGUAAAUAAUAAAAUAAGAAUAUCGUGUUCAUCCGGGCAGAAAAUAUGUCAGCCACAAGAAAAUGGAAGUAAUAAACAACUUUCUAGUCAAAAUACUCAAGAAAGUACUACUAAUACCAAUGAAUUUGUUAAACACUUCCUACAUGAAUGUCAUAAAAAAACAACUGAAUCUAAGAAACCAAUUCUUUUAAAUGACAUGCACGUACAUGUGAGACACAGUGAUAACAUAAGUGUAGUACCAACUAUCAAGGAUGUUAGUAACAUUCUCAGUUCGGUAGAAUUUAAAAAUAGAGCUCAUGACCUUCAUUUAGCACAAGUUAUGUGGAGAAAUGGACAUUUUGAAAAUGCACUGAAUUUGUUUUGGAGUACAUAUGAAGAAAACUUAAAUAUUCGAAAAAGAAUAAAAUGUAUUUUACAAGUUAAUUUUGCCGAUGCUAUUAAUACGAAAGGAGAAGCAGUCCUAGUAAUCAUAAUAAAUUUCUCAAAGAAGUUUGUGAAAAAAUAUAAUGAUUACACUCUGCUGUCAUAUGUUUGGGAAUCUUGUUUUCUGAGUAAAUGGCAUAGUGAUAAUCAAAUUGCUUCUAAUCUUCUGGAAAAAUACCCAAAACUGAAAGAUAAUGUGCAACUCAGAGUGAAUCAUAUCACAAGUGUAUCUUUAAUUUCACACAAAAUAGAUGUAGUGCAGAGAUUAUUUGAAGUUUUGUUGAAAUAUGAUAUGAAGACACAAUAUGAGUUGGUCUUACGAUCUCUAUUUGAUUACGCAUGUUCCAUACGAGACUUUUAUGCCUGUUCUGCAAUAGUUCAGUCAUGCAGUGAUUUGGAUGUAACUCUGACAGAUAUUCAGAAUUCAAGAUUUAUAAAUCUCUUCUGCCAAGAUGAAGCUCGUCGGGGUGCUAAACUAUUGAUCAAAACAUGGUCAACCAAGCCUUCAAAAUUCUCUUUCAAAUUCUGAACUGUAAUGUGAAUACUUAGGAUGAGUGAUUUAUGGUGAGUAUCUGACCUCUUAAUGUUUCAACAAAUUUUCAUAACUCUUUCUGUGUCAAUUGAUUAGUUCAGAUGUUCUCAAAUUGUGGUAACACAUAUCUUCAGGGGUAUGUGGUAGUGGUACAUGAACAAAAAACUUACUUUUUGAAGACUGAAAAACAAAGUGCCUUCUUACUGAAAAGGUUGGAAGUAGUCUGGAUUUUCGGUUUGUAAGAGAUUUAAAGAUGUAGGUCCUAUUUAUGAAUACACAUUAUACUUGUGCAUUUAACUCAUUGUCUUUGAAGAUAAAACAUGAUUAUGAUUAUUCAAAUUGAGGCUAAAACUGUGUUAACAUUCUUACAAGCAGGAUAUGCUGUGUUCAAAGUAAGUAAUAAAAUGUAUGAACUCAAAUUUUGUCAGUUUCUAUUACUUCUUUUAAUUAUUUACUACAUGAAUUUAAAAUAAUUUUUAAAAAUAAAUUUGAAUUACUUAACUAAUUGAUCCAGAUAAAAAUACUGAAGGCCUGUAAUUUAUGGAUACUUUAUUGUAAAGGUACAUUAAAAACAGAGGCUUAUCUACAGUUGGUCAGAAAUGACACGUGCCACGGGCACCAUUUGCAAGAGACACUAUUUUGAUACCCACUAAAACAAACAACCACAACCCUAAUUUGAAGUAUCCUGACAUGGGUGCAAAUGCUAUGCAUGCCAUUGGUGUCUGAAUUCCUAGAUAUGCCUCUAAUAAAAAGUCAUGUAUGUGGGAACAAUCUUCAAAAAAUUUUGAGAACAUCAUGAUUAUUUGGUUUUGAGGACAAUAGGAAAGACACAAAUGUAUUCAUGUGCAUUAAGAAAGGUAUAUUGAGUAAGUUCCUUUGUAUUGCUGCCAAAUAAAC